AAGAAGGUAGUUUAGCUUAAGCUGGCUAGCUCUGCUGCUGACUACUGAGGUUAUGCUGGCUAACUGCUAACUCUGGAUUUAAAGAGGGCAAACGGAAAGUAUAGCUCAGCCUUUGGGAUGCUGAGGUGUAGUGAGCCGUAACAACCUAUGUUCAGUAUAAGUGCCUGCUGGCCCGCCAGGAGGUUGAUCGGGCUUCUGCUUGUUGGGUGAUUCUGAUGAAUUAGUAGCUGCAGGCCCCUUAGUCCGCGGUGCUCGGCUGAGCAGUAACCCUGGAUCUGUGCUGUGAGUGAAAGAGAGGGAGGGUCGAGACACGGGGCCAGUGAUAGAAAGUUUUAGUUCUUACCAACCUCUCCUGAACAUGUCACACACUGGACCCCCUCCUCGAUGGCGCAAUUGUCCCAGAAGAGGCCAACCUGUGGCUGGUAAAUUCCUGCCAAUGAAAACAAUGUUGGGUCCCAGAUAUGAUGACCAAGUGGCUGAAGAAAACAGGUUUCAUCCGAGCAUGCUGUCCAACUUUUUAAAAAGUCUAAAAGUGAAAAUGGGUUUGCUUGUAGAUUUGACGAACACUACACGCUUCUAUGACCGCAAUGACAUUGAAAAAGAAGGCAUCAAAUAUGUGAAGCUUCAGUGUAAAGGCCAUGGGGAAUGCCCUUCAAAAGAGACAACUGCAAUGUUCAUCAGGCUUUGUGAACACUUCAUAGAGAAGAAUCCCACAGAAUUAAUAGGUGUUCACUGCACGCAUGGCUUCAACCGGACAGGCUUUCUGAUAUGUGCAUACCUGGUGGAGAAGAUGGACUGGAGUGUCGAGGCAGCUGUGGCUGCUUUUGGCCAGGCCCGGGCCCCAGGGAUUUACAAGGGAGAUUACCUCAAAGAACUUUUCUGUCGCUAUGGAGAUGAAGAGGACACGCCCCCUGCCCCUGCACUGCCUGAAUGGUGCUUUGAUGAUGAUGAUGGGGAAGUGGAUGAUGAUGGUAACACGGGUGGCCAGGAGUCAGGUCCCAGCUCCUCUGGGUCAGCGCCUGGCAAACGAAGGAAAGAGAAGCUAAAACUGGGUGCAGUAUUUCUUGAAGGCAUAACGGUGAAAGGCGUCACACAAGUCACAACACAACCCAAGCUAGGCGAGAUCCAAAGAAUGUGUCAAGAGAUGGCUGAGUGGGACAAGUCUGGUUUUCCUGGUGCUCAACCUGUGUCCAUGGACAGACAAAACCUUCGUUUCCUGGAGCAGAAUCCAUAUAAAGUCAGCUGGAAAGCUGAUGGCACACGGUACAUGAUGCUGAUCAAUGGAAAAAAUGAAGUGUACAUGGUCGACAGAGACAACAGUAUCUUCCACAUAGCAAACCUAGAGUUUCCUUUCCGGAAGGAUCCACGUGUGCACUUAUCAAAUACUCUACUGGAUGGGGAGAUGAUCAUCGACAAGGUGAAUGGGCAGCCCGUCCCUCGCUAUUUAAUAUAUGACAUCAUCAAAUUCAAUGGACAGCCGGUUGGCCAGUGUGAUUUCAAUAUCCGGCUAUUAUGCAUAGAGAAGGAAAUCAUUUCUCCCCGCAUGGAAAAGAUGAAAACUGGACAGAUUGACAAAACCAAGGAGCCUUACAGCGUCCGGCAUAAGCCCUUCUUUGACAUUCAUGCAGCACGCAAGCUCCUGGAAGGCAGCUUCACAUCCCAGGUCAGCCAUGAAGUCGAUGGUCUUAUCUUCCAGCCAUGUGGGAGAUACAAGCCUGGGAGAUGUGAUGACAUUCUUAAGUGGAAGCCCCCCAACCUCAACUCUGUGGACUUUCGCCUCAAGAUCACCAAAGUCGGAGGAGAAGGGUUGCUACCACAGACUGUUGGCCUGCUCUAUGUCGGCAACUAUGACAGGCCCUUUGCAAAGAUGAAGGCCACUAAAGAGCUGAAACAAUAUGACAACAAGAUCAUCGAGUGCACCUUUGCCAACAACAGCUGGGUGUUCAUGAGGCAGAGGGUGGACAAGAGCUUCCCGAACUCCUACGAUACAGCUAUGGCUGUGUGUAAAAGCAUCCAGGAGCCCGUUACUAAGGAAAUCCUUUUGGAGUAUCUGGACCGUUGUGCUCAGGGAGUCCAAGCCCAGAACCGGAAACACCCGCCAGACCCAGACUCUGAGCUAAUGCCCCCUCCCCCUCCAAAGAGACCCAACCGGGCCAUCCCAUAGUGACAGCUGGGCCUUCUGGACUGCUCCACACUCACAGUGUACAUCAGCAUCACCAGCUACAUCACCCUACAGAAAACAGACAUUUCAAGGCUUUCUUGCCUGCAGUACAUUUGCUUUAUCAGUCUGUACAUGUAAGGACUUCAGAAAAGGGACUGCCUCAGUGUCAUUAAAUUACAUUGUAGAUCGUUUGUAGCUUAAAUUGCUCGUGUUCUUAUUAAAAUGAAAAAAAUGAUGCUUAGGUAUUUUUUUGGUUUUCCUAUUUAUCUUUUUAAAACUCUGAGCUACUUGGUAUUUAUCAGCAGUGAUGUUGUUCUGCCUACAGAUGACACCUGACAAACCUUGUUUAUAUUUUGUCACCCAAACCCCUAAUUUGAUUUGCAGAAGAAGUAAACCUCAUGUGAGCUCAGUCUGCUGUCUUGAUCUGUUUAAGUCAGGAAACAACACUUCAGAAAUACUUUCUAUCAUCAAAGAUCUCACUUCGAUUAGCACAAAGCUGCAAGGAUUUGAGGUUUAGUUUCAGUUAACAGCAUAAUGUUGCUGGUAGUUUUCCACCUGUGAUGCUCAGCCGGAGGUUUCCGAAUGUUUUCAUAUCUACAACGACCAAACAGAUUGGGAUUAGAUCUCAGCGCACUGCUUUAGCUCAUCUGUGUGGACUUUUUUUUUAAAGGCCACAUGGGUAGGCGGGGAGAUGACAGCAUGGUUACACUUUCUCUGCAAACUACAAAGAAGUAGAAACUCAAAGUCAAUCUACAGAUGGGUGACAUUAAAGGAAAAAAAUCAACAAAAUGAAGCAGGGUGAAAGUUAUUCUGCUAAUCUUCUAAGAUGAGAACUGGACUGAAAUCACUGAGUUGCCAGUUUUGGCUGAAUGUUUGACUGUGAUUUUUUUAAGUUGUCAUAUGUUUGUGGUUCCCACAUGUUGAUCCACUGUAUGACAAUAAAGGAGGUUGCAUUGGA